GGGAAGUUUUGCAAUAUGUGAAGAAUUUUCAACCUCAAAAUCAAGAAGCCAAAGCGAUCAGAGUUUUGCUCUUUGGAGCAGUUGGUGCAGGGAAGUCCAGCUUCAUCAACUCUGUCAACAACGUCUUACAAGGGAGGAUGACUGACGAAGCUUUGGCCUGUGCCCCAUUCUCUUCUAGUUUCACCAAGAAGUAUGACAGCAUUAAAAUCAAGAAUUACCCCAUUGUGUUCAAUGACAUCAUGGGUCUGGAGGAGGGAGAUGGAUCAGGAAUCAGAACCGAAGAUAUCAAACUGGCCUUGAGGGGGCACGUGAAGGAGGGCUAUAAGUUCAAUCCUUCAUCUCCACUUUCUGCUGAGGAUCCAGGCUACAUCUCUUCCCCGUCCAUCAGUGACAGAGUCCAUGUUUUGGUUUGCAUUUAUACCGCCAAUGCAUCACAGAUGAAGCAAGGUUUUUUGCGAAAAAUGAAGGAAAUCAGAGAAGCAGCCAGUGAUCUAGGUAUUCCUCAGCUGGCAAUUCUCACCCACGUUGAUGAAGCCUGUGGUGAAACAGAAAAAAAUCUGAGAAAUGUCUACAAGAGCAAGUAUUUAAAGAAAAAAAUGGGUGACUUCAGCUCCAGCGUGGGGAUUCCAAUGAACCGCAUUCUCCCAGUGAAGAACUACAGUAAGGAAAUUGAGCUGAAUCCAGACAUUGACACUCUGAUCAUGAGUGCGCUAAAACUGAUGAUUGACUUUGGAGACGACUACGCAGCAAAACUGUAAAGCUACAGAACAGUGUGUGGAACAAAUACAUUUUUUGUUUCUUUUAGUGUAUGCCUGUCACCCCAAAAUCAACCUUGUUUGCAGAUGAUGUCACUGUGCAUUUUUUCUACAUAUAGAUGUAAACUUGUUAAGUUCUGCAAUAUUUGUCCUAAAACCGUCUUAGUGAUGCCCUGUUAGGGUUAAAUGAUGGCUAUUACAGUUGAAUUUUCCUGAACAUGCUUUCGUCAACAUCCCCUGCGUUUAGGGAGGAAAUCAUCCUCCACCUCAAAAGACAGUCUUGUGGCAAAAACCAUGUGAUGUUUCGACAGGUCACUUUCACUCGUCCUGACCGCUGCAGCAACGAGCCCAUGCUUAAAACUCCCACCGCUCAUUCUUGUCUCUUGGGACCUCUUUGGUGCUAUUUUUCAAAAUGUGUCUGGGGGUGGGAUGCCUUUACAUAAAUGUAAGUGUGAAUUACACUUGAAGCUGGUUAACUGACCAAUCAGUUGUAAACACCAUAGAAAUGUCAUAAAAUAACAUAAAUGUGUAGUCUGAAUAUUAUGGGUGAGUCAAAAAAAGUAUAACCAGGAAAAUGUGGAUGAAGAGAUAGAAUAAGGUAGAUAUUGAUGGUGUUGGAAAUAUGGAAGAAGAGGAUUCAUUUAAUUAAUUAAACCGAGUGCACCAAACGGGCAGACUAACAGUUUUCCGUUAAAGUCAUCAGACAUCUUUGUCAAAUUUACAAAUGAACAAACUGUGAUAAAGGAGCAGUUUAGUCACUGCAAAGAGAUUCAGAAAGUAAAGCAUCCGUGACCUGUUCACUUUACUUUUGCUCCAUGCAUUAAAAUAGGUUACAAAUAAUGCCUGAAUUUAACAUGUUUUUCUUCUACCUCUUGAGUUCACUUGAA